AUGCUCUCGAUCAUCAGUCCAGACUCUCGAUCAUCAGUCCAGACUCUCGAUCAUCAGUCCAGACUCUCGAUCAUCAGUCCAGACUCUCGAUCAUCAGUCCAGACUCUCGAUCAUCAGUCCAGACUCUCGAUCAUCAGUCCAUGCUCUCGAUCAUCAGUCCAGACUCUCGAUCAUCAGUCCAGACUCUCGAUCAUCAGUCCAGGCUCUCGAUCAUCAGUCCAGACUCUCGAUCAUCAGUCCAUGCUCUCGAUCAUCAGUCCAGACUCUCGAUCAUCAGUCCAGGCUCUCGAUCAUCAGUCCAGACUCUCGAUCAUCAGUCCAGACUCUCGAUCAUCAGUCCAGACUCUCGAUCAUCAGUCCAUGCUCUCGAUCAUCACUCCAGACUCUCGAUCAUCAGUCCAGACUCUCGAUCGUCAGUCCAUGCUCUCGAUCAUCAGUCCAGACUCUCGAUCAUCAGUCCAGACUCUCGAUCAUCAGUCCAUGCUCUCGAUCAUCAGUCCAGGCUCUCGAUCAUCAGUCCAGACUCUCGAUCAUCAGUCCAGACUCUCGAUCAUCAGUCCAGACUCUCGAUCAUCAGUCCAGACUCUCGAUCAUCAGUCCAUGCUCUCGAUCAUCAGUCCAGGCUCUCGAUCAUCAGUCCAGGCUCUUGAUCAUCAGUCCAUGCUCUCGAUCAUCAGUCCAUACUCUCGAUCAUCAGUCCAUGCUCUCGAUCAUCAGUCCAUGCUCUUGAUCAUCAGUCCAUGCUCUCGAUCAUCAGUCCAGGCUCUCGAUCAUCAGUCCAGGCUUUCGAUCAUCAGUCGAGGCUCUCGAUCAUCAGUCCAGGCUCUCGAUCAUCAGUCCAGGCUUUCGAUCAUCAGUCGAGGCUCUCGAUCAUCAGUCCAUGCUCUUGAUCAUCAGUCCAGGCCCUCGUCACAGCUGGUCCCAGCGUGA